AUGAGUGAUAAUCUAAGAUUCGAGCAUGGUGGAACUGUCGACGAGAAGGCUUUCGAGCAAAAUGAUCCCAAGCCAUCACUGCUGGAUAAUGCAUCCUUUACAGAUAUCGCCAACGCUGCUACCUUUGAGACAUAUGGCCAUGUUCAGAGAGACCUGAAGGCUCGACGUGUAACCUUCAUCGCACUCGGCGCGAACCUUGGCACGGGGCUGUUUCUGGAUAUAGGACGGGCACUGCGGAUAUCCGGACUAUUUUUACUCUUUCUCGGAUAUGCCAUUGCCAGCUCUGCUGGCUUCUUGAUGAUGAUGGCGCUUGGGGAAAUGGCCGUGUGGCUGUCGCUACCUGGUGCCAUUCCCCAAUUCUGUACCCGCCAUGUCGACGAUGCCCUCGUCUUUGCUGAUGGCUGGAAACACUUGGUUUAUGGCAGUGCUGAGCAUGUCAGCGUCGCUGUGUGGAUUGGGAUCCUCAUCGUUGCCCUGCUAGCACUCAAUAUCCUGGCAGUCAAAGUAUACGGAGAACCCGAGUUUGCUUGCGCAUUGAUCAAACUCUGUGGCAUAAUUGGUCUGCUUAUCACAGCACUGGUGAUUGAUCUCGAAGGAGCCUCAACUCAGAACCAGCUCGGAUUCCAUUAUUGGAAGACCGACAGUAUCAUGAAAGAGUAUAUUGCGUUCAGCAAUACUGGCCGGUUCCUGGGGCUUUUUUCCACUUUGGCUAACGCUUCGUCCUCCCUGGGCGGCGUUGAAACAGUCGUGGUCGCCGCUGGAGAAGCCGAAAACCCGCGACGAAACAUACCCAGGGCAAUCAGACGUGUCUUUUGGAGACUCUUAUUCUUUUUUGUCCUUGCCUCAUUCGCACUUGGAUUGAUUUGUCCCAGCAACCAUCCUAAGUUGCUGGGAGCUAGCUCUUCCUCUAAUGCCGAGUCUCCCUGGUUGAUUGCAAUUUACCUAGCGCGGAUCAAGGCACUACCAUCCAUUGUCAACGUUGUGGUCCUCAUCGCUGGCGUUUCCUCCGGGAACUCCUAUGUCUUUAUGGGAUCCAGAUAUCUCUAUGCGUUAGCAUGCAACCAUCAGGCACCUAAAACGUUCCUACGUUGCACCAACCAAGGGAUCCCGAUUUACGCCCUCCUGGUGACCAUGUCAAUCUCUUUUCUGACAUUCAUGUCAAUCGGCUCUAGCUCAAACACCGUGUUUCAGUGGUUUCAGAAUCUAACUACAGUCUCUACUCUGUAUGACUACCCCUGCUUACUUGUAUUGCAUGUUCAAAGUGAAGUGCAGACCUCUGCUAACCAUAACAAGCACACCUGGAUCUCCAUCUGUAUCUCAUACAUGCGCUUUCACGCCGCUCUCCAAGCACAGCAGAUUGACCGAUCAGACCUCCCAUUUUCAUUCCCGCUACAGCCGUACUCCCCAUACUUUACCCCGGGAUAUCUAUGCAUCGUGGUCCUCUUUAACGGGUUCGAUUCUAUUGCCGGCGGUUUUAACCUGCCAAGGUUUAUCACAUCGUACAUCGGCUUCCCCCGGUUUUUCGGCUUCUUUCUCUUCUGGAAGAUUUUGAAGCGCACAAAAUGGAAACAGCCUGAAGAAGCCGAUCUUUUUACCGGGGAGGCUGAGCUGGAUGCUAUAGAGUGGCCGCGGACGGUACCGAGGAAGUUUGCAGAACGGAUUUGGUUGGCUUUUAUUUAA